AUGAUCGUUUACUUGAUCAUAGUGUUAUUUUACACCAGCUGUGAGGGCUUAAAUCUCAACCAUACGAACGUUAGAACACUUCCUCAAUAUCAUCAUGGAGAGAAUACGUACUUCAACAAUCUGGAGGUAUUUGUUGAUAGUAAAGAAAAAGCCGCUGCGUCUUAUCCAAAUACAGGCGUGAAGGGAAUAUUAGGUUUUGCUAAAGCGGCACGCGUUACCGGUGGCACGUCAGGCCCUGUCGUCUUCGUGUCCACCAUUAAUGAACUUAAAAAUGCUGUUUCGGGUUCAGAUAAAAAAGUUGUAGUUAUUAGUAGAAACUUGCUUGCUAAUACUCCAACGACGAUUUUUUUUGGCUCGAAUAAAUCAAUUAUCGGGUCAUACGGUAAUAACAUCUUGCACAACGUGCAUCUCCAUACCAGUCAAACCUCAGGAAAUGUUAUUAUCCAAAAUAUCGUUUUCCGGCAUGACGAAAGAUUUAAAGAUAACGAUGACAAACAAGUGUAUUUGAACUAUGGUACGGGGUAUUGGGUCGACCAUUGCUACUGGCCUGGGCAUAACUGGAAUGAUGCUGACGGUAGUGCAGAUAAGUUCAUUUAUGUUGGUGAAAAAGCGAAUUAUGUGACUAUCAGCCACUGCUAUUUUAAAAACCACAAAUUCGGCGGUAUUUUCGGUCACCCUGCCGAUGACAAUAACAUGCAAUUUCUGGGCUACCCGCGCAUAACUAUUUGCCAUAACCGUUACGACAAUGUGAAUAAUCGUGCUCCGGGACUAAUGCGCUAUGGUUACUAUCACGUGUACAACAAUUAUAUUGACAAUUUCCGUAUGAGUUUUAUAUUCUUGUCACACGCCAAUAUUGUCUCUGAGUCGAAUUUCUUAGGUAAAGGCUCCCAAGAUUAUAGACAUUUAGGCGAUAACGCAAGUGCGAAAUUCACAGAUCAUAAUAGCGUACCUAAGUUGACACCGAAAUUGGCACGACCAGCCGACUGGAAGCCCAAUUCUAACUAUAAUUACAAGCUUAUGACUGCUGCUGAAGCGAAGGCUUGGAAUACUGCACAUUCGGGUGUGGCUAAUUCAGCGAAUCAACUCAUUUUCGCUGAAUAA